GACGCAAAUCUGUUACGGCGGGAGUGGCGGGCGGUCUUUCAUUCAAGCAUUUAUUCAUUGAGUUAUGAGUGAGAAAGAAAUAUGGAGAAGUGUCACCGCGCUAACGUGCUGGUGACGUCCUGUCUGAAGACGCCGGUAGACCCGCGCACUAAAGUUCCGUUACCCCAGUACGAGAGGGAGAGAGCACUGCCGCGCGCCCCCGACGGACUCCCCGGCAACCUGGACUAUGAGAGAGAGAUAGAAUAUGAUUCGGGAUCUGAUCUGGAUGUUGACCCUCCUACCAAAGACAACAAUCCUGUGAUGAUCAAAGACUACAGUUUGCCGGGCGAUAACAUUGACUUUAAGCAGCUCUACUUCUCCAACCAAGAGUACUACCAUAAACUAGAGCAGCUGAAGAAAGCUCAUCUUCAAACGAUGGCUGAACUCGAACUUAUGUAUCGCAAGAAACUGCAGCUUAAUGAUCAAACCCAUCGUUCACAUCGGGAAAGAUCGAAUCCGAUGUUUAUUGGCAGUCUGAAAAAAGCCCAGUCUGCUUUGGAGCUGCGGCGCAAUUCGAACCUCUCAGACAUGUCUGUUGAGGAGCACGUUGCUGACGUUGGCCAAGAAGACCAGAGCCACUACAAUGCAGGACCCCUCCUCUCCCCGAAAGAGCACAUAAAGAAAAUGUGGCAGGACUUCAGAGUGCAACCGCUUUCUAUACCUCAACAGUCUCCAUUUUCAUCCUCACUUCAGAGUCUGCCACGAGACUACCAGGGCACCAACAAACCUAGUGGUAAGGUGAGGGGUCAACAAAAAAAACAGAAGCAAGCUGAAGACGAUGGUUGGCAUCCGAGAGUCACGGUUCCCCAACCUUUCCAGAUGACACUUCGUGAGGCAGAACGACGAAAAAAGGGCGUAAAGUCACGUUCUGAAAUUGAACGAGAAAACCAAGACCUCAGGCGCCAACUGGAGGAGAUCACAGAAUGCCAGCGAAAGUUCCGUGCCAGCCCGGUGCCCGCACAUGUACGCCUUCCGCUUUACGAGGAGCUACACGAGAAAGACGAGGAGCGCAGGCGGCUUCAUCGAGAGACAGAGCAGCAUCGUCUUCACGCUUCUGAGAGACCCUUCAGCUUCCUGGAGCGCGAGCGGCUGAAGAAAGAGCAGAAAGAGGCCGAGCUUCAUAAACAAAUGCUCAUACUGGAUAAAGAGGAAGAGGAGAGAAGGAAACGUCCGUUCAGGGCAAAACCUGUUCCUCGGGCAGUGAAGGAGGCCGCCCUGGGUGAACAGCAAAGAGAAGAGGAACUCUAUCGGUUGAUAAAGAUGCAGAUGCGGGCAGAAGAGUUGCUUCACAGUGCAUCCAUGCCACCCAGCAUGUUAGCACGUCGCAUUAGCGAGAGACAAGCACAUAAAGCUGCCCAGGAAGACAAGCAAGUCUGCAGACCCAAGAUCAUCACAGAAGUUCCAGACUUUGAUGCAAGUUAUAGGAGGUUUCGGAAGCAGCUGGAGAAACGGAGGGAUGUACGGCCCUUGACGGCAUGCGAACCCUUCAAACUGCGCACAGCUACUAUUGCUUCACACAAGGAACGCAUCAUGGCAGAUAUCGAGGCAGGGAAGCAAAGUCCAAGACCAACACGUUGGCCGUUUGUAAGCACCCCGGCUUUGUCGCCCUCAUCAUCUCUUUGUUCCUCAGUGUCUGGAAGUCAGGAAUACUUGUCUGCUAAGUUCACGGAUGCAGCCAAGAAGCGACAAGAAGCUGUGAGAAAAGUCCUAGAGCAGAGAAAGAAGGCAGAAGAAGAGGACGAGAAGUGGAAGGAGAAGCAAAAACAGAGAGAGAGGAAACUACAAAGAGUGAUCUCAAAGCGAGCCCAGGCGAAUGACCCGCACGUUGCCCUGGCUCAAACAAGCCAGUGUAAACUCAAAGAGUUUAGGAAACAAGAUAUCCAGAGACGUCGAGAGUAUCAGGAAGAGAUGAGAGCAAUCCAGGAGCGAGUUAAAGGGAGACCCUUGCUGCUGGAGCAGGUAGCACAGAUGAAUGCUAAGAGGGCAGCAGAAAAGCUCUACUCUGAUACUUUGCAUGGAUGUGGUCUGAAUGAAUUGUUUGUUAGCGAAAAAGCUCCUAAAGGCCUUAUGCCCAGACAGGGCACUUCAAGCCCUGCCGCCUUCUCAGACAGCCAGACUCCUCCCACAUCCAGAAACGAAGAUCCCCUGGAAUUUGGAAACCUGCAGGAUUCUCUCCAUGAUGAUUACCCUGAUGAUUAUGAGGAGUAUGAUCAAGAAGUGGAGGAGGACCACUUGGACGAAGAUGAAAAACCAAACGAAUAUCAUGACAUUGAUGAGGAAAAUGGGGAUGAUACAGACCACUCAUUUGAUGAUGAGCUGAAUGUUGAUGAAGAGCAGGAAGACCAUGAUGACAUCAUCAGUAAGCGCAGCCAGAGCAGCAAAGGAAGUGACAGUAACAACAGUCACCAUAGCAACAGAAGCAGAUCAGGAAGUAUUGGUUCAUGAUAAAGAAAAAUGAGAGAAUCAGAAAAUGGAUGAACAUGAGUGAAUGUAUUCAUGUUGUUAGUCUCACUUGUGCCCCUUGUGGAGCUGGAUGGUGUUUUUUUUUUAUAAAAUAUAUGUGUUUAUCUUUCUUCUGAAUAUUUUUAAUAAAAUUUUAAUUGAACAACCAUCAGCGCGCUAUUAUGUAUAAUAUGUAAAUCUGUCAAAACCGUUCAAGGUCACAUUUCACAAGUCAACAGAAACAAAAACGAUCUGCAAUUGGUUUUGCAUUGUAAUACUAACGUUAACGUUACAAGAUCAUGUUAUAGAUUU